GCUGACGUCACCCGCUGCGGGCACGCGCCCCCCUUUGGGCGCCUGGACCGAGCCCGGGGGCGGGGGGGGGGGGCAGCGGCGAGAGCCCCCGCUGUCCCCGGUCCUCCCCCUCCCCCGGCCGCAGCGCGGCACUGAGGAGACCGGCCCCGGGAGCCUGAGCGUGUGGGACAUCCUCACUCCUCCCCCACCCCCUCCUCCCACCGCAGCCGGCGGCCCCGGAGGCACGGGCGCGGGCGCGCGCGCGCGGGCACGCUGACCCCGCAGCCGCCGAGCGCGCGCGGCGCGCGCCCCUUCCCCGGCUGGCACGCGGGCCGGAGUGUGAGCGCGAGGGAGAGCGAGUGCGCGCGCCGCGCAGCUCAGCGCUCGGGGCCGGGCCGGGCCGGGCCGGGGGCAGCGAGCAUGGAAGGCGGCGCGUACGGAGCGGGCAAGGCCGGGGGCGCCUUCGACCUCCAGACGUUCGUCCGGCAGCCGCACACGGUGCUGCGCCUGGUGUCCUGGGUGUUUGCCAUCGUUGUCUUUGGCUCUAUCGUGAAUGAGGGCUAUGUGAACGAUUCUAAGGAGAGUGAGAAAUUCUGCAUCUACAACCGGAACCGCAACGCCUGCAACUACGGAGUCACUGUGGGCGUCCUGGCCUUCCUCACCUGCAUUCUCUACCUGGCCCUGGAUGUCUACUUCCCUCAGAUCAGCAGCGUCAAAGACCGGAAGAAGGCUGUGAUCUCGGACAUCGGUGUCUCGGCCUUCUGGGCAUUCCUCUGGUUUGUUGGUUUCUGUUUCUUGGCCAACCAGUGGCAGUUCUCUAAACCCAAAGACAACCCUAUGAACGAGGGGACAGAUGCAGCUCGAGCGGCCAUCACCUUCUCCUUCUUCUCCAUCUUUACUUGGGUGGGCCAGGCGGUGCUGGCCUUCCAGAGGUACCGGAUCGGCGCUGACUCAGCCCUCUUCUCCCAGGACUACACGGACCCAAGCCAGGAUUCAACCAUGCCUUAUGCCCCCUACGCCAAUGAGCCGGAGGCUGGGCCCGACAUUGGCGGCUCCUACCAGCAGCCUGCCAAUGCCUUUGAUGCCGAGACCCAGGGCUACCAGACACAGGGGUACUGAGCCAGUGACGGCCCCUCGCCAGGCCCCUCCUGCCCCCCCCACUCCGCCUCCGUGUCCAGAGGCAAAGACACCCCCAUUGCCUUCUCCCUCCCCAGCCCCCCAGCUGUUGCACACUCACGCACACGCCGAGUCCACACUUACUCUCCUCUCCCAGCCCCGUCCUCUAGCUCAAAUGGAGUCUGUGUCCGUCCUCUCCCUCUCCAAUUUUAUUAGAAAUGUCUCUGAAUUCCACCGGGUCCUAGGAGUGGAGAAAGCAACAGAACAUCCAGGGAGGGGCUGACCAUCCAGGAGAAGAAGCCAGGGUUCAUCCUAGGGGCCCGUGGCUGAGGGGGGCAGGGUGUGUGUGUGUGUGUGUGUGUGACACGUGUAUCAUCAGAAGGUGGACAUACUUGAGAAAGUGUAAGUAUAUUUGGUGUGGAGGGGUUCCACUGGCAAAGGGCCCAGUGUGGGUGGAGGGCACUUGAACGAUGAGAGCACUGGAUUUGAGUGAGUUUCCCCAUCGGUUCACAAAACACUGAUCCCGAUGCCCCCUCUCCACUCCCUCCCACCCAUCACAGCCUUCCUCCUCGGACCCUGGGCUCCUUUGCCAGGCUCCUGGUGCUGCAGGGCCCUUUCAGUGUUAUUGCCAUUUCUGGGGUCCCCAGUUGGCUCGGACGGGCAGGAUUAACAGGUGCCAGGGCUUGAAGGUCUGUUGGCCUGCGUGCCCUCUUGGUCCCAGUGCUUUCCAGAUCAAAGAGAAGGCGCUUGUCGCCUUCUCUGGCUCCUUAAUUCAAGGGUGCAGGGAUAUCACGCUUCCUGUCCAACAAUGCCCACACAGGAACUCUCCUUCCUCCCACUGGAGAUCAGCUGAGUAGUCCCCAGGCCGCUGAGUGUCCCUCAAAGAGCUCCCUUUCCUUUCUGUCCUGUGCCCAAUUUCCCCGCAGUUGCUGGCUCCUUUAGCCUCUGUGGAACUGCAGUGACCCAGUUGUGAAUCCCAGCAUCCUAUGGGGACAGCCAGCACCGGAGCAGCCUCCUGCACUCCGUGCUCCCACCAAUCCCCAACCUCUUCUACCUCCCCCACCCCCCAAGUCCAGCCCAAGGACCCAUCUCUGUCGCCCUGCCUCAUCGUGUGUGUCCCACACACACGAUUUGUGCAAGUAGGCUUUUAUGUGGUCCAGCCUUGUGCGAGAUAACAAGUGUGAGAUUCAAGCUGAGGGAGCCGGGGUCCUUGUCCUCAAGGAGCUCACGGUUCCACCUAGAACUGUUUGAUACUGGAUUGGGCUGGUGAUUUCUUUGGGGGAAGGAGAAAAUGUAGACAGGUCCCUUCUUAGUCAUUCAGCACUCCUGAGGUCCUUAGAGGUGAAAUAUUUGCCCUGGAUCACAAAUGAGACUGAAAACGGUCUUUGACUCUGAGGCUGGCUGGCUGGCUAUCCAUUAUGCUACACUGCCUCUCGCUGGAAAGCAUGGGGCCUUUGGCUGGAGUAAAAGGAAUGAGAGGUGGAAGGGGAGAAAAGUCUGGAAAGGCAGGUUGGGCCUCCCAGAGAGCCUUGAAUGCCAGCUGCACGCCCGGUCCCAGCUCCCAGAGUACCUGCUCACACCCUCUGCCAUCCCCCUCCCCUUUUGUUAGGACCUUGCUGAAGAAUAUCCAGCCUCAUCCUUCCCCCCAUAUCCGGAGGGUGACGAAGUAGCCUUAGGUCCAGAGAAAGGCACGAGAAGCAUCAAGAGGCAGGUUAAUGGGCAGGGCUGGAACUCCCCCAACCCCAAAUCCAGUGUUUACAUUAUGUUCCUGUUGCUUCACAUAACUGUGUGCCUGAUGUCACACAGCAAAUGACAGAGGAGAGAGAGGGGAGCCCGGACUGGCUGGCUCCUUCCAGACCACUCUGGCUCCAUUAUCCACAGAGAGCCCCUUGUCUCAGGGAAGCCGCAGGGUCCACUGGAGAACAGAUUUCCUUUAGUAACUAUAGGAACACUAUAUAUGGGUAGGGAAGUCCAGUUGUAGCUCCCCCCCCCCCAACACACACCCCACCUCAUCCCUAUCAAGGCUGAAGAGAUCAUGGAAUAGGCUAUGGAGGAGGAUGCUAACUGUCUUAUUUGGAUCAGAUGAAGGAACUGAGGAGGAGAGAAAACUUGGGACGGGAUGAAGCUUUUCUUUAGUAUCUGAAAGGCCAUUAUGGGGAAGAGGCAUUAAAGGGCAGUAGUGAGAAGAGCUGGGGAUCUGGAGCCAGAACAUGGGUUCAGAUCCCACCACUGGCUUGUGUGUGACCUGGGAGAUACCCCUUUCCCCAUGCCAGUCUUCACCGAUACAAUGACAAGGUUGGACUGGACAGCCUCCAAAUCGAUGAUCUCAUCAGUAGGGACCUUAAUGGUCCCUCUUCUGUUGGCAUUUUGUGAGUCUAUGACCUAAUUAGCAGCAAUGAAUGGAAAUUAGAGGAAAGCCCAUUUGGGCUCCAUGGAAAGGACAGAAUUGUUUAAAAAGCAUGGUCGAUUUAAGGAGGCAGUGAGCCCUCUGUCACUAAAAGCCUUCCAACUGUGGCUGGGUAUAAAGACUUUGACAGAGGCAGGGAGGGGACUAGAUAGAUACCUUUUGAAUUCCUUUCCAAUUCAAGGAUUUGUUCUGUUUCACUGCUAGUCAAGUCAGUUCCCCUCUCAGGUCCAGUUUCCUCAUCCACAAAUGGAGGGUUUUGAUCUCUGUCUGCCUUGCCUCAUGGAAUGUUAUAAAGUCCAAAUGAGGGAAUGGGGGUGAAAAAAGAAAACCCACUCAAAAUGAUAUUCAUCUGUGAGAGAUUCAAGGAGUUCUAUCCCAGUAACCCUCUUCUGCACACAUCCCACCCCAUGAUCACCUCCACUGAGGUCACCAGAACCUCAUAUUUGGGGACAAAAUUCCUGGGCUUUGAGCCUCCUGAUACUGGAGAACUUGGACAAAGCCCUUAGGCCUUGGGGGCCUCAACUGCCCUUCUGGAAAAUGGGAGUGCAUCUUACCUACUUGAAGGCAAGGUGCUGGACCAAAACACCUCAACUCAGGCUGGUGAGCUGGUGUGUAUGGUAGAAGAAGGGGAUGCUCAUGGGGGAUCAUUUUCUCUCUGCUGGAUUCCAACUCCAGCCAUUCAGUCAUAUCCAAUCCCAUAUAUUCUGCCCCUGCUUUGAUCCUAAUCAUGGAUUUCCCUACCCCCACUUGGCUCCCAGGAGGUCCAUGAUGGGACCUGUAGAUUUUCUGGGAUGCCUCCAGCAGGUCCCAGCUCUGUUUGACAGGACUGUGAUACUUUUACAGCAAGCAUCUAAUUUUCUUCAAGAUGAGCCCAGGGUUUUUACCUCCUAGUCUGAUCCCCCCCAUUUAUUUCCCAAGUUUCUCACUAUUUCUAGGUCCUUACUGCCCCCCAGAUUUCCUUCAGCUCACCAAGGGCUCCUAAUUCUUUUUCCUCCUUAGAUCUUGCCUUUCUGCCUGGUCCUGGUCCUGGCUAAAUCUGGGCCCAAGAAUCCUUCAUGGAAAACAGAGGGUGGCCUAAAGGGCCACUUUGGGUCAAUGCUCCCCACAUCAAGAAUUAUCCUUGUCCCUCUGCCUCUCAACGCUGCUCCCUCUGACUGCAUCCUUGGGGUGUCUAUAGACCUAACUGGGUGUCCCAUUCUUCCCUCUCCCCCCUUCCCGCAGCAUUACUGCCUGUGUAUAGUAUAAAUAUAUAUUUUAUAUAUAUGAUGUAUAAUAUAAGGCUAUACAAAUAUCUAUGUGUGUGUGUGUGUGAGUGAAUGUGAGAAAGUGGUAAAGGAUGGUCAGCUCCAGGCGGACCACAUAGUAGGGUGUUCAUCUGGCUCUCCCCAGUGUAUCCAGACUCCUCCCCUGCCCACCAGCCCUUGGCCACCCCAUCUGGUUGCCUGAGAGGGAUUCUCAGAACCUGUGUUGGCUCCGUCCUCUAUAUUUGUGCUGAACCAAGUGAAGGUGGUGACUACUGGUGAUGUAUCAAUAAAGUGGUGUUCCAAACCCAA